AUGGCCGAGCCAUCCUCGCCGGGUCGGAGCUCCACGGCGAUUACGGAUCUCGACAUGGACGCCCUGACGCGUUGCGCCGGUUACCUCUGUCUCCAAGACGUCUCCAGCUUGGCCAUGUCGUGCAAAUACCUCAAUCGAGCUGCGUAUUCCGAUUCUGUCUGGAGAUCGUUAUACAGUCAGGAAUGGCCCCAUGUACCUAUAGACCUUAAAGCAUCCAGUGUCAGGGAAGCUUAUCUGUCGAGGCACAUUUCUUUACGCCAGUUUAAAUAUGUCGAUCCUUUGGUUCGUGAUGUUUACACAGCUGGAGAAUCUCUGGACCACAUGCUGUUAGACAGGAACUCCAUUAUAUUCUCGCAGGGCCAAUAUAUAAAAUCUUUGAACACUGAAAAUCUUGUCAAUGGAAGAAUCUCAGUUGCCACUCGAGGAAAUCACAACUCUAGGAUUACAUGCAUGAGACUUUUUUCACCGAGUGAAGCGUGCUUAUAUCAGAGUGGGUCCGAAGGAGAUGAUAAUGCUCUGAUAACCUCAAGCACUGACCGUUUUAUUCGGCUAUGGUUCAAGGGAGGAAAUCGAUGCUUCAAAGGUCAUACUGGACCAGUGCUUACACUCUCUGAUAAACUACUGGGUGAUAAUUCUGGAAAAAUAUUUGCUAGUGGAGGUGAAGAUUGUACAGUUCGCCUUUGGUCGAUCAACUCCUCUGGAAAACGGGGCCAGCAAGCAUUGAAGGUCACACUUCUUGGACAUGAAAAAGCUGUAUCACUUAUGUCAGUUGCUGGGCACAAAACAUCUCUGCUGGUUAGCAUUUCAAAGAAUGGCAAGGUUAAGGUCUGGGACACAACAACAGCAUCAUCUUCUACUCGUUCUUCAUGUUGUGUGGGGUCCACCUCUUUACCUGGCGUGCCGGUGGGUAUGAAAUGCCAUGAAUCUCUGGUCUAUGUUGCCACUGGGUCAUCCAUGCUAGCAGUCGAUUUGAGAACAAUGUCCAGAGCAUUCAUGGCAGUCCAUGAAGGAAACAUACAUUCGUUCGAGUUCUUGCCUUCGAAAUCUUUGAUCUGCACCGGUGGAGCUGGCAGAGCCAUGCUAUGGGAUAUCAGGAGAUUUUCCGAGCCAACUGUUGAGCUGAGUAAACACGAAGGGCCCGUUAAACUUUUACACUUGGAUCGUCACAAAAUCGUAACUGGUGGGCCGUAUGAUUCCUAUAUAAAAGUUUGGGAGACUGAUACAGGCGAACAUUUGAAUUCAUUGAUCUCUUCUGGUGAAGAUGGAAAACAAAAUUACACGGGAUGCUCCACAAUGGCAGUUGACAGGUGUCGGAUCGUGACUGGUGGUGGUGUAGCAUACGGGGCAAACUCUCUGUUGCGCUUCAGGGACUUCAGGGCCGCUGCCUGGCGCGUGCCGUCUGGCCCGUAUGAACCAGACCCAAGUGUUUCCAAGUUCUGGGGUUCCCUUUCGGAUAUCGAUAGUGAUUCAGAAGAAUCUGUUGGUUUUCUUUAG